ACCGGAAAAAAGAUGCACUCCGGUAGCUUCGAGCGACGGACUUGGAGAGACUCUGCGCGCGGAAUUAGGAAGCCGGUUCUAUGGCACUUUAAUCAGCUUGGACCAGUGCAAUCAGACGACAGGGGGGUUCGCUUUGUUUUGUUUCUGUGACUAUCAGAUUCUUUCCUCUUUCCACGGUCAAGAGUUCAUCCUCUGUCUACUAAAAAAGGUUGUGCUUCUUUAGCAAAACAAAAGAAGAAGAAAGCUGGUCUCCAGGUUACACAGCAUGAUAAAGGACAAAGAAGCGUUUCAGAGACUGAAUUUCCUCUAUCAGGCAGCGCAUUGUGUGCUUGCCCAAAACCCAGAUAACCAAGAGUUGGCUCGUUUCUACUGUCAAACCCAAAACAACAUUAGCCGACGGCUCGUCCUAAGACAGGACCCUUCCGUGAAAAGGACCAUCUGCAAAUCCUGCUUCUCUCUUCUUGUUCCUGGAAUCAGCUCAACUGUUCGCCAACGAAAGCGCCGUCAUCAGCGCUGGACUGUUGUGCAGUGCCUGAACUGUGGCUUGAGCAAGCGUUUCCUCAGUAAUCCUGGCUACAAGUUGUGGUCGGAGCAGCCGGAGUCAUUGCUGGAGAAUCAGACGCCAGCCGGUGCAGGCCCCAAAGGCCAGAUCCCCAAUCCAGCACAAGAGCCACAAAAGGCCUCCAAAAUGGGAAAGGCAACAGUCCCAAGUUCCAGUCCGUGCAGCCAUGUUGCCUCCGAGGAGAUCACAGUGGGCACCCAAUCAAUAGGAGCAAAGAGUGGGAAGUGACGUCUCCCUUGGGAUUGUUCCAUUUCCAGACAGGCAAGUAAGUGGCUGUAGUCCAGGAAUGAAUCCCCUGCCUUGGAUGGAAGAAAUCAGGAAGACGACGUUCAGGGCAGAGGAAGUCAAGGAAUACACUUUCCAAAAGUUCAACGUGCUACUUGAAGAACUUCAGUGAAUUUGGUGACCUUAAUUUUAGGAUAAAGUUGGCAUCUUUGCUGAUCUAAUCUUUUGUGUGUUUUACUUUCUUUUUUUUUAAGUUUUAAGAUGACUGUUUUUGACAUGUUAAUUGUUUCCUAUUUUUUGCUGUACAAUGCUGGUUCACCUCUGGUGAGAUGGGCAGCCAUAUGUCAUUUAAUAAAUAAAUAUACACUGUAUAUGACAACUAGAUAGACAGAAGAGCAGCCCACCCCACGCUCUAGUCUUGAAAGUUUCUUCAGUGUAGCUUAUUUGUGUUUUAUUUGUUGGUUAGUUUGUUUGUUUGUUAAAUUUAUUUGCCACCUAUCUCACUGUGGGGCUUUUCUACCAUCACUGGCUAAGAAUGUGCUCUUUUUUCCACCUCUGUGACCAGAGGGGUGCCUCUUUUCCAAUACUGCCAGUUGUGAUUUCAGCUUCUGGCACUAUUGAGCUAGGCCAGGUGUAGGCAACCUUGGCUCUUUUAUGACUCGUGGACUUCAACUCCCAGAAUUCCUGAGCCAGCCAUGCUGAGGGGAAAGGUUUCCAAGCUGAGCCAUGCUGGCUCAGGAAUUCUGGGAGUUGAAGUCCACGAGUCAUAAAAGAGCCAAGGUUGCCUACCCCUGGUCUAGGUGCACCCUCAGAACUGAAGCUCUGCUGAUGUUCCUAUCAAAAGAACUUAGUGAAAAGGUGAGAAAGGAAAGAGUCUCAGUCUCAUAUCACUUUUGUGUACCCGAUAAAUACAGGAAACCGGAAAUAAAUUUGUUUUUAAAACAUGUGUACAGUACUUGCAUUGUGCUUUCUACCAAGUUGGUUCAAUUUAUCCUUUUCCGCUUAGGGGAAGUGCUAAAGCUAAAAGUGUAUACUUUGGUUUAAAGUUAUGAGACUGUCAGCCCUUCAAAGUUAGGAAACAGACCUGUCAACUAUUAUUGGAAUUCUACUUUUGUUGCCAGCUAUAACAACAGAGCUGAACACCUGCCAAAUUCCCUUUGCAGUCUCUUCUACCAUACAGAAUCAACGAGGGAUUAUUCUGAGUUUCUUUUAUUUCUCUCCUUUCCCAAGGCUGAGAUGUCACUUACUUUUAUCUGCUAAAGGUUCUUGCACUGUAUUCCUGUGUCAAUGUUAUCGCUGCCUUCGUCCAUAGAAACUGGGAACAAUUUUAUUGACUUGGACUGGAUAGUUAUGGAUAUCCAGGGAGAAUUCUUUCUUUAGACCAGAAGCCAAUAAAUGAAAUGUGCUCGGCCAGGCUGUUGGGAGAAGUCAAGUCUGAAUCCUGAAGUUUCCAAGUUCCAUCUUGGUUCUGUCUUCCUUUAUAUGCUGCACGGCAUAUAAUGUUAUUAUUGUCAAGAAUGAAACUUUGGCAGCUACAUGACUCUUCAUUUCAACCUGCCAUUAGAAGGGGGGGGGCGAAGUGUUGCUUUAGAAGUGUUUAGAUGGAGAAAUGAAACUUUUUUUGAUUCUGCUGAAGACCGUGAGAGCCUGAACCAUUUCCAAGGACACUGCAGCAGGUGUGGAAGAGAAGCAGACAGUUCCCAUAACAAACUGAAAUUGUUUACAGGGACUAUGAGAGGGCAGGGGGUUGGGCGAAAAGACUAUUGUUUAAUUCUUUGAUCUGGUGUCUUUAAACCUCAGAGCGAAUUUUGCUUCGACAGUACCAUGCCAUGUAUUCAAUAAACAGUAAGAUUUUCGGAAAUGAAA